GAAACCGGUGUUAUGUUUUGGAAAACCCGCUACCGGAAGUGACCUCGCGGCAGUGUGUUCAGUAACAGUUUGCAAUGAAGCUGCACGUCACAUGGCACUUUUUCUUUAAAGUUUUUCACCGACGCCAAGUAAAAUGAGCGGCGGUUCAAAUCAGAGGACGUUGUUCCAGACGUGGGGCGGCUCCGUUCCACAAAACGAUGUUGUUCAGCCGAAAAAGGGGGCCAAAAAGGCCGCAGGACGGACCAGACCAACCCCGGCCACCACUGCCCAGGUAGGUACAACGCAUCCUCCUCGUAGCUCUCUGUGGAGUGACAAUGGUCAGAAGUCCACAUGCACAUCAGAGGACCAAGCGAGGACAGAGGACCCCACGCCCGUUUAUGAAGAUGAAGACGACGACCUCAUGGUGGUUGCUGCCUAUGAAGCUGAGAGUAGCCUACAACUUGAUAACGUUAACAGUUUUCAAGACCCAGUAAGAACGGAUGACACCCCCCUCUCCCCAACCCCGUCAUGUGGGAAGACUUAUCCAGACUUCCCUGGUUUUGACAGCUCCUCAGCUAGAGUAUGGAUCUACCCCACUAACUACCCCAUAAGGGAGUACCAGCUGAAGAUAUCAGAGGCUGCCCUGUUUAAGAACACGCUGGUGUGUCUUCCCACUGGUCUGGGGAAGACCUUCAUAGCCUCUGUUAUUAUGUACAACUUCUAUCGCUGGUAUCCAUCAGGGAAGAUUGUGUUCAUGGCCCCCACGAAACCUCUGGUGGCCCAACAGAUCGAGGCCUGUUAUAAAGUGAUGGGGAUCCCACAGGCCCACAUGGCUGAGCUGACAGGAAGCACGGCAGCAAAGCAGAGACAAGAGGUGUGGAAGUCCAAGCGUGUCUUCUUCCUCACGCCGCAGGUCAUGGUGAACGAUCUAUCCAGAGACACCUGCCCGGCACAGCAGAUCAAGUGUGUGGUGAUCGAUGAAGCCCACAAAGCUCUGGGCAACCAUGCCUACUGUCAGGUCAUCAGACAGCUCACCAGCCAGACUCUGCAGUUCCGCAUCCUGGCUCUUAGUGCCACCCCGGGAGGAGAUGCGAAGUCGGUGCAGUCUGUGAUCUCUAAUUUGCUCAUCGCCCACAUCGAGCUGCGUUCAGAAGAGAGCCCGGACAUCCAGGCUCAUUCCCACCAGCGCAACGUGGAGAAAGUGGUGGUUCCUCUGGGUGAGGUCCUUUCCGCUUACCAGGCGCGCUACCUGGAGGUGCUGGGGAAAUUCAUGUCUCGCCUGGUCCAAAACCGGGUGAUGGGCCACAAGGAUCUGCGGACUCUCUCCAAAUACCAGCUGAUUCUUGCCAGGGAUCAGUUUCGCAAGAACCCGCCGCCUUCCAUCAAGGGUCCACAGCAGGGAAUGCUGGAGGGCGACUUUGCCCUUUGCAUCAGCUUGUACCAUGGUUACGAGCUGCUGAUGCAGAUGGGCCUCAGAUCGCUGUUCUUUUACAUCCAGGGAAUCAUGGACGGGUCCAGAGAGAUGUCCAGGGCCAAGAACGAACUGCAGAGGACUCCAACGUUCACGGACCUUUACAGUGAGAUGGAGACGAUGUUUGUGAAGCCAUCUGCUGGUCCAGAUGAGGCGUUCAUCUACAGCCACCCCAAAUUGGAGAAACUGGAGGAGGUGGUGCUGCGGCAUUUCAGGCAGUGGGCUGAGGGUUCAGCGAACAGUGAAGGUUCAGAUACCCGGGAGGUGAGCACGCGAGUCAUGAUCUUUUCAUCGUUUCGGGAGAGCGUGCAGGAGAUCGCGGCCAUGUUGGACCGCCACGCUCCACUAAUCAAAGUCAUGACCUUUAUGGGCCAGGCCUCGGCUGGGAAGGGGGUCAAAGGCUUCACGCAGAAAGAACAGCUGGAGGUGGUGCAGAAGUUCAGGCAGGGAGGCUUCAACACACUGGUGUCGACCUGUGUGGGGGAAGAAGGGCUGGAUAUCGGAGAGGUGGACCUCAUCGUUUGCUUUGAUGCGCAGAAGAAUCCCAUCCGCCUGGUGCAGCGAAUGGGACGUACCGGCCGUAAGCGGCAGGGCCGCAUUGUGGUUGUCCUUGCUGAAGGACGGGAGGAGAGGACCUACAAUCAGAGCCAGAGCAACAAGCGCAGCGUUUACAAAUCCAUCCUUGGCAACAAGAGCGGGUUCCACCUGUACCCCAACAGCCCCCGCAUGCUGCCCGAGGGGGUGACCCCGAGGCUGCACAAGAUGUACAUCACCUGUGGGCAGUUUGACCACCGGGAGGGCAGCAGGAGGUCAGCGAGGGGUCGGAGGUCCAACAGCGAGGGCCGCGCCUCACUCAUCCACCCUCAGAACAUGAUUCAGCGGGGCCGCGCGACGUCCGACGGAUUUCUGAGCAGUGAGGAAUAUUCCCUGUGGGCGUCCACCAUGAAGCUGGAAGAGCACGAGCCUCACCCGACCCUGAAGCAGUCCCACUUCAUGUCUAUACCCGGUGACCCACCACCUCAGGAGGACGUUUCCAAAGGGGGGCCGCCGUCCAGAGAGCUGUCUUUGUGGGAAUGGAGACACUGGCAGCACAAAGCUCUUCCUACCCAUGCUGUUGAUCAUUCCCUACGCUGCAACCACUUUAUUAAGCUGAUGGAGCUCAUAGACGGCAUGAAAGAGGAAAGUGAGGGGGAAUGUCGUUACGAACAGGAGCUUCUUCCUCACCUACACAAAUUGGAUGCGGUGAAAAGUGGACAGAAAAAGCUCAAGGCCACAAAAAUCCGCACCAAAACAAAAUCGUCUCGCCCGUCUUGGUCUGAACUGGAAUAUAUCGACGAGGAUGAGGAGACACAAACUGAAGCGCUUGUACUGAAACCUCCUGUUGAACAUACUACUGAAGCACCUCAUGGUCACAUUGAGGAAGGGGCAGUUUGUUCUUCUCCAUCAAAAGACGACUUCCCGGUUGCUGAUCUCGAUGUUGACUGCGUUUUUGUCAAUGAGGUUGUCACAAACGCAUCCAAUAAUACAUCCAGAGAUCCUGAAAACGUGGACAAUAGCUCACAGCUGAAUGCUGAAAACGAGGAAGAUGUUGAACUUCAGGGAAUGUUCUACCUUCCUCGGUGGGAUCCAGCUCCACUCCGCCACUCUGAUGAACUUACAUCAGAGAGAGAUGAAAGUCUGAAGGUCAUCUUGGCCAACGUGGCCGAGCUCCUUUCCAGAUCUCCGACGUUUGACGUCUCAGAGUUGGAAAAGGCUGCACAGUUGCUUCCUUCGUCCCCUCAGCCGCCUCAUCAGCCAUUCCCGGUUAGCUUUACUUUGGACGUGGACGACGAUGAAGAUGACGACGUGAUGAUGAGAAGCGGUGACGAUGCCUCCCUUACGGUGGAAGUGGCUCACCACGAGCAGCAGACUGUUAGAGUAGCCACCACCGCCGCUGCUGCCGCUGCCCCCGCUGCCGCCAGCAGCCCGAACUGGGAUGAACUUUUUGAGGACGAAGACGUGGAAGAUGAUCAUAACGCGAGGUUUGACAUGGAGGAGGCAGAUGAUGAAAUAUGCGAUGACUUCACGGACGAAUUGGUUCAUGUGCAAGAUAAUGGGGAAAUUAAAGGUGGCGGCACGAGCGAGGGAAAUGUCACCUGGGACGAGGUGAGGGGUGAGGAGAUGCCAGAUGGUGGAGGUUCUCGGGCCAGCUUUCAGAUGGAUGAGAGCAUAGAUCUGUUCGAGGACGAUGAAGCCUUCCUGCAGAUGACUAUUCCAGAUAUCCCAACUCCUGAGGACGGUGUCACACCCAGGACAUCACCCGACGCUACAGGCGCUGCUAAUAGCAAAGAGAUGACUGUGAACACCUCAACAAGCCCAAGCACACAGUCAACUGCACAUAGACUGAACACUAAGAUUACUUCUAAUCCCAAGCUGUUAGAUCAUAACACUACAGAGACAGAACUUAAUACACCAGCACAAGCUAAACCCGGAGCAGAUAAAUCAUUGACACGCAACAUGGUUACGCCUCACUUUAAAUCUCCUACAGAGACAUUUGAUACCUCGCAUGACUUCUUUUCCGUAAACUUUGACCUUGGUUAUUCACUAGAAGACUCAGAGGACGAGACAGCAGUGGAGGCCCUUCCUGCCCCACAUAUCCCGGCUCCUUCCCCUCCUAACGACCAGCGUGACUCCACUGAGUCUUUACCAGCCGUCUCUAAUUCUUCUACUCCCUUCAACAGCUCCAUUAGACAGCCUGUUCGGAGCGGAUCCAAAAUUUCCACGCCGCAAAUGCUGUCAGAGCGCCGGAUGUCAAAAAGCGGCGCGCUCCCAUCGCCAAUCAUGUCACCAAGAGCGAGGCGGACCCUCUUGCCCGGUGUCGCUGGGUCCAUGUGUUCCAGCUUGAAACGAAAACAAUGGGAAGUUGGCUCCGCUGUGGCGGAAAGCGAAGAACUCUGGUUACGUCCGGAAUCCGUUUGUGUGGUUGACUCUCCUUCUCCUCCUCAUCCAGAUGAAUGCGGCAGCGACAGUGAAGAAGAAGUCGUGCUUCAUAAAAGAAAACAUCAGAAAAGGGUCAACCCAUUGUCCUCCCCAGAAAUGUCCAAGAUCUGCAGUGAUGUGGACUCCCCGGUGGUGGUGAAACGGAAACGUGCUGCCAUCCUCGACAUUUCUGAGGAGAGAGACGGCGAAGCUGUUUCGGACGACGACUUCCAGAGAGAGCCUGCGCUUGCGCGCAGACACUUGGAGCAGCAAGCUGCGAGGCAGCGAGUCCAGCAGAUCAAAGACAAGCGCGCCGACAGUCGUCGAAAAGGCUGUCAGUUCUUGGACGAAGAAGCGGAGCUGUCCGCGGACGAGGAGGGGGCAGAGGUUUCGUCUGACGAAGAGGACGGAGAAGAACAGGAUCACUCUCUUGACGGCUUUGUGGUGGACACCACGCAGCUCUCUCAGGGACUGAAUGACUCGGACAUGCAUGGAGUUUACUUGAAGUCGGUGAGAAGCCCUGCGGUCCAGGGCAAAUUCAAAAUGUCCUACAGAAACAACCACAACAUUGACAUCUUCUCCCAGGUGCCUGAGAUGGAUGAGACAUACGCAGAAGACAGCUUUGUGGUGGGCAGUGAUGAGGAAGAGCCGGAGAGCGGCGAAGACGAGGCUGAAGAUGUCGACCUAAUCCCCGAGGCCUCGUUCGUGGACGGUAGGAGGCAGUACGCCACCAGACGCCGCGUUUUCCUGCACAAAGCGAGGUCGAGAGGCGGCGCUGUGACCCGAGCCGAGCCUGCACCAGAGCAGAGGGCUGGGGUCAAAACCAAACGCACCCGGGUCUUGCGCAUUAAUGAUUCUAGCGAGGAAGAGAUGGAGGAGGUUGUUGAAGAGAAGGGUCUCCCCGUGCAGCCAAUGACGGCACAGCGGCAGGAGACGGCCGCAUCCUCUGCUUCUACGAGCUUAGCAUCCAGGGUCUCAUUGUUGACUAAAGCCAGAGGGAGCUCAGUGGAUGAAGAAGAGAAAAAAGAGAGGUGUCGCCAGAGGUUAGAAAAUCAACACCUCCUCUCUGACGAGUUAGACUUUGUGGACUCGGAGAUCCCUACUUCCUCAAAGAAACAAUCCCAGCCGCUCCCUGCACCUCCAGUUCUUCAGGAGUCCACGUCCCAUGCCUCGUCAGUCGGCGAGGCGCCCGCUUCGUCCGGGUCCGUUUGCAUCCUGGUGGACAGUCGAUGCAUCAGCAGCGGCGUGGAGCUGAUGACCAGCCUGCGCCAGCGGCACGCGGCCGCCGUGCACGUCUGCUCGCUGGACGGCAGCUACUUCAUCGUCAGCAACCGCAUGGCGGUGGAGAGGCACAGCCAGUCAGACCUGGCCGCGAUGCAGAACCGGAAGCGGCUGGCCGAGAGAGUGAUCAACCUGCAGGGCCUGUUUGAGCGCGUGUGCCUGAUAGUGGAGAAAGAUCGGACCAAGACAGGUGAGGCGUCACGUCCGUUUCAGCGAACGCGUUACUACGACAGCACUUUGGCAGCGCUGGUGCGCACAGGGAUUCGCGUCCUGUGGAGCGAUGGCGCAGAGGAGAGCGCCGGCCUGCUCGCCGACCUGGCUCGGCUGGAGCACCGGAAGGGUCAGGGAAUCUCUGUACCGCCGGAGGUCAAAGGGCAGCACAUGCAGCUGGCCCUGCAGCUGUACUCGAGCCUGCCGUCAGUCAGCUACGUCCAUGCCCUCAACAUGAGCCACAACUUCAAGUCAAUAGCACAACUAAUAAACAGCUCCAUCGAAGACAUCCAGAAAGGAGGCUGCAUGAGUCGACCCAGGGCCGAGGAGGUCUACCGCUUCUUGCGCUACUCCAGUGACUCCAUCCUCAUGAACGCUUCCAAACCAGGAAAAAGCUAGCAGACACCGUAGGAAUCUCGCAAACUAAAAUACAUCUCUGGCUUCCCAUCCUUUGUGGUUCCAGAGUUUCUUUACUUUCCUCUACCUGCCUGAUUUGUCUCAGUGAGACAGGAGCCUCAGGAUAUUGGUUCAUGCUUUUUGCACAACAUGUUAAAGUGUUUAACUUAAAACUCGCACUGGCAGUCAUCCUGUCAAACAGUUUCAAGGCGCACUGUGGGAACACAAUUGUCAACACUUGAAUAAUUUAUUGUGAAAAUAAUGGGUUAAUUUUGAAACGUGUCACAUUACGUUAAUAAACAGUGAUAUUUUUGUA